UCCUAUUGGUCCGCAACUGCUCCGGAUCCCGGAAUCAAAAUCUAAACCACAGACGUGACGCUCAGCUGGAGCCGUGCAGGAAUCUGAAGGAGAUGGAAAACUUGGGAGAGGAAGAUUUCAAUCUAUCAAUAUCUUCCCCUAAAGAUGCAGAAUUUGACUCUGUGGUUGGACAUUUGGAGGAGAUUAUAAUGGACGAUGAGUUUCAGCUGCUACAGAGAGGUUUUAUGGACAAGUAUUAUAAUGAAUUUGAAGAUACAGAAGAAAACAAGCUGACAUACACACCUAUUUUUAAUGAAUAUAUCUGUUUAGUGGAGAAGUUUAUCGAGGAACAGCUAUUGCUGCGGAUUCCAACAUUUAACAUGAAUGCAUUCACAGCAUCACUGCAAUCACAUCAACAAGAAAUAGCUGGGGACAUCUUUGAUAUACUGCUCACCUUUACAGACUUCUUGGCCUUUAAAGAAAUGUUCCUGGACUAUAAAGCUGAGAAAGAAGGCAGGAGUAUUGACUUGAGCAGUGGCUUCGUAGUGACGCCAUUAUUUACCUCUUCUUUGCCACCGUCAUAAGAACUAAAGCCUUUUUUAUAUUUAUGAAUCCUGCAUUGUAUUUUACAUUUUUGUAACUAUUUUUUUUUUCUCUAAACCCAUGGACCACUUACUAUCGGUUGGAUUUACUUUCUAGAUGGUGUCCACUUCAUAUUAUUCAUUUGAUUGAGUUUUGGGGUUUAAGCCCCUGUAUUAUUGCUGUAGGAAAUUGUCCCUGCCACUGAAAUUGCUGUUCCAGAAUUCAAGAUAUCACUCCACUCCAUUGUGUUAACCCAGCUCCAGUUGGAGUAUAUUUCACGCAAUUCACUCGCAGAUCAGGGGAAUUCUGCUAACUGUACACCAAAAGCUGGAAGGUAGGAGAGCCUUGAGUUCACAUCAGAUAUUCUGUGUUGUAUCAGCCGUACUGCUCCUCUAAGCCAAAACAUGUCCAAUGUUAGUUGCCUGUGAUUUUGUGACACCUUUUUAUAAUUUAAGAGUUUGUGUUUUCUUUUUUUGCAAAUGUUUCUCAAACCAGACAUAGUAUUCUAUCCUCAUACAAACGCUGUUCUGUUCAUUAUUUGUAUCAAAUAUAUGUAUAUUUAUAAA